AUGCCCAUCACCUGGAGUGUUGCGGUUCCUACCCUUGUGGGCAGCCUUUGUUCCGCCGUUGCCACCUCGUGCGUUCUCGUCUGCUAUGUCAUCUACGCCGACCAGCAACGAUCUUUCCGUCACGUACUUGUUUUGAAUCUCGCUCUCGCUGAAUUCAUCAACUCAGUGAACAAUUCAGUAUCGGGAAUUUGGGUCGUCGCACAUCAACAUGACUUGAGCGAUGGCGUCGCUUGCAGUUUAAAUGGCUGGGUGGGCCAAUGGUCCGUUCAGGCAGCCGACUUUUCCAUCCUGGCCAUCGCCAUCGUCACACUCCUUACCAUUACUCGAAAGACUUACAUGCCCAAUGUCUCUACCCUGAAGAAGGUCCUCAUCUGCUCGUCUUGCUGGAUCAUGCCCACCAUAUCAUCAUGUACUGUCCUAGGACUUAACCAAUUCACACCCGUUAGUGGCAACUGGUGCUGGAUCAGUGCCAAACGAACAGACCUGCGCUACGGCCUGGCUCAUGGAUGGCGAUUUGCCAUCAUCUUCAUCACCAUUGGCAUUUAUGUCUACAUAUGGAUUUACAUGAAGAGGCACUUUUCAGCCCUGCAUGCGAGCAGCAUGGGAAAAUCGACCGACCCAGCAAGUUCUGUUAUGCGCCGCAAAUUCCGUCGAGAUGAUGCUUUCCAGCUGAAGAGCGAAUCCGAGGUAGAGCUACAUAAGAUCAAUGUCGAGUACCGUUACGAAGUGAAACACGCCAAAAGUGGCAGCGUUGGAAAAGCACAAUUUGCCCCAUCACCCGUUAAAGCGGCCAAGGACGACAGUAUCCAAAGUGAUGCAACGUCAAAAGCGCCCUCUCCCAACGGUUCACCAUAUGCCGAACGCGACAUUGAAGCUGCCAGGACAGAAACAGCAAUAGCUGGAACACAGGGCCCUCCGACCAACGUGACUGGAACUCUCUACAAUGGAGUCAGCGGUCGGAACGUUGAAAAGGAAAUCCAGAGAAUGCUCCUUCUCAACGCAUAUCCUAUCUUAUACAUCAUCCUCUGGGCACCUGGCAUGAUCAAUCGCCUUGUGGAAGCAUCAGGGCACACAAGUCAGACGUUGACCAUCCUUCAAUGUUCAACGCAAUUCAUCGGACUUGCAAACGCCCUCACGUACGGGUUCAAUGAACACCUAAAGAAAAUGGUCAAAGGGGACUUGAUGGCGCGGUUCAGAAGGUGA